AUAGUGACGAAAGGUCAAUGUGUCCUUCCACACGUGUGUUCCAUAAUCUUGAAGCAGGCAGCAGUAACUGGGAGAAAGCCGGUAGCAGUGAGCUGUCAGACCUAUUUAUCUGCACUAAAAGCCUUCACAUUUCUAGACAGUCAUGCUAAAGUCAGUGGUCCGUGCGGUGGGAACCGCUGUCCGCCUUUCUUCAGCCACCACGUCCACAGCCCGAGCUCUGCCACUCAGCUGCCCGACACUGUGCUCUCCAAGCUCGGCCACAACUCGGCCUUUUACCCGGUCUCUCUGGAUGCUGAAUAACAACGGAGCGUCGUCAGGAUACAGGCCAAAACUGUUUAGUUCAAAAGCAUUGAGUCCCUCGAUAUCAUGUGGAUGUGGAGGACUGCACACAGAAGGUGACAAAGCGUUUGGCGCUUUCCUGUCCGAUGAAAUCAAAGAGGAGGUGAAGCUCCAGAAAAGCAGCACCCUUCCUAAGAUGUCUGGAGGAUGGGAGCUGGCGCUGAAUGGAACAGAAGCUAAACUCUCAAGGAAUGUUGCCGGAGAGAAAGUCACUGUCACAUUCAAUGUCAAUAACAGCAUUCCUCCUAACUUUGAAGAAGAGGCAGAACAGGGACAGCAGAAAUCAGCAGAGGAAGAGCCAGAAAUUGUAUCCUCACCCAACUUUGUCGUCGAAGUAACGAAACAGGCUGCAAAACAUUCCCUGGUGUUUGACUGCCAUUUCCCUGAAGAUGAGAUGAGUCAUGCUGAAGGAGAAGAGGAGAGCGACAUCUUCGCCAUUCGUGAGGUCAGCUUCCAGCCUGAGGGAGAGACAGACUGGAAGGAGAACAGCUACACACUGAACACAGACUCUCUGGACUGGGCCUUGUAUGACCACCUAAUGGACUUCCUGGCUGACCGCGGGGUUGACAACACCUUCGCUGAUGAGUUGACGGAGCUGAGCACGGCCGUCGAGCAUCAAGAGUACAUCAAGUUCCUGGAAAACCUCCAAGGCUUUGUCAAAUGUAACUAAUGUUAGGUACAAGUUCAAUUUCACUGUUCUUCAAAACGCAUCGUGGCAAAGUUGAAGGUAUGAUAAUACAAUACAAGUAAAGCAAAUGCUGCAGCGCUGAUUUACACCUUUGGAAAUCUAAAGAGACUUGUGUCUGUGGCAGUGAGCCUUCUUGCCAACAGUUGUCACAUCAGUACCUUGCUGCAAAAAUGUUCUUUUCUUUUUUGUUCUUUCUUUUUUAAAUGUGACUUUAUUUUCUGUAACUUAAAUAUAUGAAGGUCAUAAAUAAUGCAGGUGACGACUCUGCAGAUACCACUUUUUAUUCGAAAUGUCCCUCAAUUGUAGAGUUCCUGUCUUAGCUGCAGAGGUUUCAUAUGGUCCAGUCAGUAAUUGUGUCCAACUGUCCUAAAGCUAAUCAAGGGGUCAUUUGACUAGAUGUGGAUUUGAAACAAAUGAUCGAAAACAAUGCUCACUUAUCUUUUGCAUUUAGAUAGUUUUAUUUUCUAGCUGGCCCUGCAAGAGAUUUCAUUUAGACUGACAUUGAUUUCACUCUGUCAGACCAUAAUAUGUGAAUUAUUCAUCUGAAUGGCAUACAUCAGCAUGUCUUCAGAGAAUGAUCAGUGUUCAAUAAAAGAGUUUGAUAUAAAUUUA